AGAAGCACGCGCAGUGUGCAAUAGAUUAGUCGUGAGUACAGGACGCGAACGUCAGUUUACAAUUGGUUCAACUAAAGUUGACAGAAGACAAACAGAGUGGCUCAUUUAUCAUAAAACGAGCACGGAGAAAAUAAAAUUCCUAAAAUUAAGUCCUAAAGGGGACCUAGGAGGCUACGUUUUACCUGUAAUGUUAAUCCAAAGGAAAAGCAGGGAAAUAUGAUUGAAUUGUUGUUUAACGCCUGACGUAAAUUGAUAGAAUGGCAGAAUGUAUCAGUAUAAAUUCAGAUCUUCCUAAACAAGACUGCAGUAGCCCUAGUCCUACAGAAACUGUCUGUUUGGAGUCUUUAUGUGCUGAAAAUAAUCCUAGUACUUCACAAAGCAAUACAGAGCAAUUGUCUAAUCUUCAAAUCGACAACUAUAAUAUAGAUCAGGUUGAAAAAUUAGAAAAGAAUAACUUUUUGAAUGAACUUGGUUUGGUAGAAGAAUGUGAAGAUGGUGUGGGAGAUAAUGAAGGCACUGAUGAUGAUGAUGAUGAUACCAAUAGCAAAGAUGAUAAUUGGGAAGAUUGUCUAGAUCAGGAAUUCCCUGAUGAUAAUUCUGAAGAUGUAACCAGCAAUGAAGAAACAAGUAUUGAUAAUAUUACCCAAUCUAAUACGCCAAAAAGUACCCAAUCGAAAAGAAACUAUUUUGGUGCGAUUGAACGAAUUUUGCGUAAACGCAAAUUGGACGUCAAUAAUGGAUUGUCAUUGUCAUUACCUUGUAAAAGAAUCCAAUGUGAUUCGUCAAAUUUAUGUAGUGAUGGUGCUUCUGCUACCCCAACAAAUAGUUCUUGCUCAUCACAAAGCUUCUCAGGUAGCAUUACACCAGCUAGCGGUAGGUCGAGGGCCACUAUACCGACAAAGGAUAAUCCACCGCCAGACUUGUCUAUUUGGUUAAAUAGAUUCACUACGUGGUCAAAUGCAGAGAGAAUUAUGGCCAUAAAUGAGUUGAUUGCUAGCUGCGAACCAACACAAGUAAGGCAUAUGAUGCAGGUUAUUGAACCACAAUUUCAAAGGGAUUUUAUAUCAUUGUUACCAAAAGAAUUAGCUUUAAAAGUUUUAUCAUUUCUGGAACCCAAGGAUCUUUUAAGAGCUGCACAAACGUGCCGAAGUUGGCGCGUAUUAGCAGAUGACAAUUUGUUGUGGAAAGAAAAAUGUAAACAGGCAGGUAUUGAAGAAAUACCGAAAAAACGAAUGUCUUCUAGGUCUCCAACACAUAUGAGUCCUUGGAAGGCUACAUUCAUGAGACAACAUACAAUAGAAAUGAAUUGGAGAUCAUCUCCGUUAAAUAGAAUGCCAAAAGUGUUGAAAGGUCAUGAUGACCACGUGAUAACAUGUCUUCAGUUCUGUGGCAAUAGAAUAGUUAGUGGCUCAGAUGACAAUACUUUAAAAGUUUGGUCUGCUACAACUGGAAAGUGUUUAAGAACGCUUGUGGGACACACGGGCGGGGUUUGGUCUUCACAGAUGUCUGGAAGUACGAUCAUUAGUGGAAGUACGGAUAGAACAUUAAAAGUUUGGGAUGCCGAUACUGGUGUUUGUAUGCACACUUUGUAUGGACAUACUUCUACUGUUAGAUGUAUGCAUCUGCAUGGAAAAAAAGUUGUAAGUGGCUCUCGGGAUGCAACUUUACGAGUUUGGGAUAUAGAAACUGGCAGUUUUCUUCACGUUCUUGUGGGGCAUGUAGCCGCUGUCCGAUGUGUUCAAUAUGAUGGUAGAUUGGUAGUCUCUGGUGCCUACGAUUUCAUGGUUAAAGUAUGGAAUCCUGAUACACAAGAGUGUCUGCAUACUUUAGAAGGACAUACUAAUAGAGUUUAUUCUUUACAAUUUGAUGGUGUUCACGUGGUGAGUGGCUCACUGGAUACAAGUAUACGUGUAUGGGAAGUAGAAACAGGUGCCUGUAAACAUACAUUGAUGGGUCAUCAGUCUUUAACUUCUGGUAUGGAGUUAAGAAAUAACAUACUCGUUUCAGGGAAUGCAGAUUCUACAGUUAAAGUUUGGGAUAUUGUGACUGGACAAUGUCUUCAAACAUUAUCAGGACCAUAUAAGCACCAGUCUGCCGUAACUUGCCUACAAUUCAAUAAACGUUUUGUGAUAACUUCAUCUGACGACGGAACAGUUAAACUUUGGGACGUACAAACAGGCGAAUUCAUUCGAAAUUUAGUGGCUCUUGAUAGCGGAGGAGCUGGUGGUGUCGUUUGGCGUAUCAGAGCAAACGAUACGAAAUUAGUUUGUGCUGUUGGUAGUCGAAACGGCACUGAAGAAACAAAACUAUUAGUGUUGAACUUUGAUGUCGAAUCAAAUAAUAGUGAUGGUACAAUUACACCAUCUAGGUAAUCGUUAAGGACUAAAAAAAUUUGUUGUGUGAUUGUGAGUGGGCGUGUCGUAUUUGUCGUCAGAAUAAAAAACCAUUUAUCAAAUUACUAAUUCGCACUAAUGGAAUUUUAGAAUGUUAUUGAAUUUUAUCAAAAUAUAUGCUUUCAAGCCUACUAGGAACUAGUAAAAAAAUCAUAAAUUUGAAUUACUGUAUAUAUUUACAUACAUGAGGCAAUAACAUUUUUUAUAAUCCAAUGCAAAGUAGUUCAAAUGAUUUAAUUCACAUUAUAUUAAUUUUUUUUUAAAUUGACUAAUUUUUAUACUUCAUCCCGGGCGGGUAUCUAUUUUCAUUCCUCCUGUCCAAAUUAUUAUUGAGUUCAAAUUGAGUUUUUGCAUAUUCUGGGAAACUAUAUGAAAGGGAAAUUUCCAAACUUUAAUAUUUAUUUACAUACGUAUGACAAUAAACAUACGGUAUCGUCCAAUGCAUAGUAGUUCAAAUGAAUCAAUACUCACUUGCAAUGAUAUAUUAAAGCAUUAUUAGAAAGAAAUAGUAGACCUAAUUUAGAUAAAAACCAUAACUCAUUGGGGCAUACAAAAAGUAGAAAAAGUGUCUUAUUAUAAGGAAGAAUAUUAUUUUCAACACGUCAUCUUCCAAAAUUAGUGAUUAAUUCUUAUCAUUUUAUUUAAUACAUACAAAACGUCUUCGUUCCAAUUUUCUUUGAAAACUCAAUAAAAUAUAGUCUGGACACUUUCAAAAAUUGAUUAUUAAAAAUAUAUCACAAAAAUUGUUGGAAAAAUGUCCUAUGAGCCGCAAAAUUCUUUAAAAUAAAUAAAAAAUACCUUCUCAUAAAACUGAAAUAUAUCCAAACAGCUAGAAUUCUAACACUAUAUCUUAAUAAAGCAUAGUGUUUGCAUUAGUGUACGGAUACCAUAAGCAUAAUUUUUUCUACUUGAUGCCAUAAAAAAAUUAAAACUUGCAUCAGAUUUUUACUUUAUGCCCUGUAUUUAAUAACUUACAAUUACAACUUGAAAAUGUAUUUUGAUAAAAUAUACUGAUUCUGGGAUUAAUAUAAGAGGUAUAUUUUAUAAACAUCUUCUAUCAAAACCUCAAUCAUCCCAAAUAAAAAGAACAUUCCAUAAAAAAAUUGUAUUAAUUAUCUUACAGUCUAAUACAUGAAAAUAGAAGACUGCCGUUAUCUAAGAAACUUGAAUCACUCUAAGUACUACCAGUUUGUGAAGAUUUGAAAAAGUUUGAAACUUGUAAAUUUUCUUAAUUUCAUUUCUCAAAUUUAUUUAUGAAAAAUAUGACUUAAUAUGUAUAUAUGUACUUCUUGUAGUACAAGGCACUUCAUUACUUCUUAAAAUAAAAUAUUAUUUUAACAUUUCCUUAACAAAUUGGAGCCUUAUAUUUAUCAAUAAAUUAUAUAUUUAUACAAAAGCAGAAAUAAAAUAGGCAAGUUGAGAAGAGUACAUUCACGCAAUCCAUUGGUAUCUAAUGUUUCACCUCCAUCCAUUCAAAUAUUAUCAUGAUAAUAUUAAAAUUAGAGCUGAUAGUAUGUUUAAAAAUAAAGGUAUAGAUACUGUUUGAAGGGGUGAAUUGAGCCCUUUUUUUUCUUGAAUUAUCUAUCAAAUAGUUUAUAUUAAGGAGUUCAUAUUUUGAAGAAGGGAGAAUAAGAUAUUAGGAUGUUACUAUUAUGUCUUAAUCCGCCCCAUUCCUUUUAAUUUUGGAUUCUGUUUUUUACCAUACAUUUUACUGUAACAUUAUUAACAUAUUACUGUAACUUAUUAACUGUAACAUAUUAACAGAUAUUUUGAUAAAUAAGGUUCUCAAUUUACUAAGGUUUGUAUUUCCCUUAUUAUUCCGUUACAGAACAGAAAAUAAUUAACGCUAUUUUUGGGCUCUAGAAAUUAAUAUACAUAAUGUUGGAUCACCGUUUAUAUUACUUAACUAUAUCCAAACUUGAAAUAUUUUGUAAUCGUAUCAUUACCACUAGUAGUUGGAGUUAUACAAACAAAAAAUUAAAGUAUAUUUAGCUGUCGUAGUUGGAAUUUUUUCAAAUUUUUGUCUACAUACUGGAAGAUUUAACUGUGAUACUAUUCAAAUUUAAUCGAGUGAUUUAAAUGUAGCCAACAUGACAUUUGAUAUUCUGACAACAAAUAUCUUUUAGUGUAUAAGAUGACUUUCAUAAAAUUGUAAUAACUAAAUCUGGUGCUUUUCUUUUUUUCUUUAUUAUUAUUUGGUUAUCAGUAAGUACAAACCGUGUUAUUUUUUCCUUUACAUGUACGAUUUGUGAGUAUAGCUAGAAGUGAAUUAUAGACGGAGAUUGGAGAUUUUUUAAGGUUGAAAUUCUUUUUCCAUUGUUAUCAUAAAUAUUUUGUUAAAAAUGAUUCCCAACAAAUUCUGUAGAGGAUGUCAGGAUAUUUUUCUUGUAGUAGAAAAAGUGCCAGCUUUUUGUUAAUUUAUUUAUUGCUGUCAGCUUUAAGUUCUAUCUGGCAAUAAAGUUGUACCCUAUAAUUAUAAGUGUUAUCAGUCUAUAUUCAAUACUCGAUUACGAUAAUUAUUAUUGUUUUCAUGUUGAUUUUUGUGUGACUAAGUGAGAUAUUAGCGAAGCAUUUUAAACAGCAAUCAGUUUUUUAUAAAUUAUUCUGAUGUAAUAAGAUGGAAAUAUCCACAAAGAUAUUUGAUCUAAACGAAUUUUACUUUAAAUCGGAUUGAUAGAUAUAUAGGAAGAUGCGUCGUGCAGUUCUCUAGAUGUAUUUUUAUACCAGACCAUAGUUUUAAGUUACAAGAGAUAGGACUAGAAGGAUUCAGUUCUCUUAAUAUUGCUACCAAUGGAUUUUAACAUGGAUGUCAUACUUGGAUUAUUUUUUUAUGCAUAUAUAUUAUAGCUACAAGAACAAUUUCUUGUUUCCCUAGCCGAAAGUACGGUUAUUUAUUAUUAUUAUUACAAUAAGGUACAGACAGGGACCCUAAGAUCCGUAAGCCCUGAAAUAUACAGUAUAUAUUAUAAAAAUUAAAGUAAUUAAAGUACCUAGUUAGAAAAUUAAAAAUUACAAGGAAAAAAAAAGAUUUAAUUAGAAAAUAGAAAAUCGUCCAGUUAUUCUUAAAAAUAUUGAGAGACGGUGCCAUUACAAUAUCCUCAGGUAGAUGAUUUUAUGUUGAAAAAACAUGAUUAGAUAAAAAAUGUUGCCUUGUCCAACAAGUGAAUAUUUCUUUUUUCAAUUUCCACCUGUGUCCUCGAAGCCGAUUAUCAGGGUCAACAUUAAAUAUGUUUCUCAAGUUACCAUAAUUGAAAUUUAAAAUGCGAUAGGUGAUUAUCAUAUCCCCAUGAAGACGACGUUGUUCAAAGAUCAUUAAAUCCAUUAUAUUCAGUCAUUCUGUAUAACUAGGUCUUGUACGCCUAAAGGAUAGUCUGGUUUAUCAACGCUGAACUUUUUCAAGAAGAUCUUUAUCCCACACUAGUUCCAGACACCCCACAGUUCCACAAUACUCCAUAAUUGGGCGAAUAUAAGUUUUAUAUAAACGAGUUGAAUUAUGUAAUGAUAUCCUUCCAAAAAACUUGCGGAGGAGACACAGCUUACUUUUUGCUUUGUUGGCAAUAUUUAUAACAUGUUCGGACCAACUCAAAUCCGUAGUAAUUGUAACACCGAAAUCAUUAUAAGAAUACACUUCAUUUAAGGCGUAACCGUUUAAGAAGUAUGUAUGUCUCAGAUUUUUUCGCCUAAGUAAAGAGCUACACACUUAUCUGAAGUAAGAGGCAACAUCCAGUCCGAGCACCACUUAGAGAUCGAAUCCAAGUCUUCCUAAAGAUUUAUAUGAAGAGAUGAAUCAGCGAAUAUUUUCGACUCGUCGGCAUAGAAAACUUUAUUGUAUUGAAUAUGAAAUUGGAGGUCACUUGCGUAUAUUAUGAAUAAGAGAGGACCCAGUACUGAUCCCUGCGGAACACCGCUUAAUACGGGCUUCUCAGCUGAGAAACAAUUUCCCACUUUCACACAGAACUUUCUGUUUGUUAAGAAUGAGUCAAUCCACUCCAGUAGAUCACCUCGUAUGCCAAGAUGUUCCAAUUUAUACAGUAAUCUUGUCUAAAGAUUUUGUCCAUUCAUUAACACACCAAAGUAGAUUCGUCAUUUUACAACGCCCUUUUACAAAUCCAUGUUGUUGUUCAGCUAUUAUUUAUUCAAUCAAAAGAAAUUCACUGACAUAUUUUGAUAUUAUAGAUUCCAAAACGUUACAGAUGAUUGGUGUAAAGCUAAUGGGGCGGUAGUUAUUGGGGUCAAGUUUAUUGCCUUUCUUAAAAAUUGGUGUUACAACAUUACAUCUUUUUAGAAAUAGAGGAGAUUAGAUCAAGACCGGGAGAAGAGUUGUUUUUAAAUUUUUGAAGGUGACAUUUGACAGUUUCAGGAGUAAAAUGAAGUUGCUCUAAGGAUGAAAUUACUCUUGUGGGCAGAAUGUCGGGUAUAAAUUAUUUUGGAUAUUUUCGGUAGAGAAAACCUUAGAAAAAGUGUCUGCCAAAACUUCGUCAGUGUCAUUUUGACAAACCAUACCAUCAUCUUUUUUUAUUAGAGGAAUGGAUAUUUUUGAUGGCAAUGAUGAUCGAAUGUAUUUGUAUAAUUUUUCAAGGUUGUCGCUGCACACUAUAGACUCUUCGUACACUUCUCUAAUUUUUCUAAAUCUACAGCAAAAUUUUUGUGAAUUUCAAAAUCAGCUUGACUGACCGCGUGCUUUUACUUCCACCACAAUUUGCUUUUAUAUCUAAUCAAAGAGAUUAUUUCAUUAUUGAUCCAUGGUUUUACUUUAUUUAUGUACAUCACUUUCCUGGUAGAAUACUUGUUUUUAAGAUCCGCAACAGUACUUGUAAAUGUAUCCCGUACUACAGUGGGAUCCAGUGAGUCCCUAAUCAAUACUAGCUUGGUUCUCAAAAUCAGUUAAUUCAACAGUUGUAGCAUUAUUGUUUUUAGAUGGCAGGUCAACAUUAAAUUGUAAUUGGCUUGUAAUGAAUGCAUGAUCAGAAAUACCUAUUGGUGAACCUAUCACGGGCUCAGUCAGUAGUUGUUCGUCAUUGGUAAAUAAUAAAUCGAGGGUAGAUGGUAUAUUAUUGAUUCUGAAAUGUGUUGGUUAAAUUAUCAGCUGAUUAAGAUUAGAAUUUAGGACAAAGUCCAUGAACCAGUUCUUAGAAUUUACGCCAUCCCCUGGUGACACAGUAAUUGGUCAACAAAUUAAAGUCGUCCAUGAUGACAACAUUUUCGAGUGUAGACAAAUACUGUAGUUUUUUGAUGAGUGAUAUGUCAUCAGCUAGUUGAGAGUCUCCAGGUUGAUAAACACAAAAUAUGUGGAGCACAAACGAAAUUGAAGAAAUUUUUAAACCUAAUAGUUUCAUAUUACUGACAGAGACAUCAAGAGGAUUAACAGCAAAAUGCUUUGUUAUAUCUGAAGACAAGUAAAUACGUACACCGCCUCCACGACGAUUCUGUCGAUCAUAUCAAUAUAGAGAGUAAUCUCUGAUGUCGUACAUUGAAUCAGGAUCUUUUGAUGUCAACCAAGUUUCAGAGAUAAGAAUAAUUUUAGGUUUCAAAACUUUUGUAAUACAAUACAACUCAUUAAAUUUAGAGUUAAGAGUAGCCAGAUUCGUGUAUAAGAGUAGCCAAUCGUAAAAACAGGAAAAAUAUCAUCGACGAACUUUUACAAUCUUUGGGACCCCUUGUAUAUAUUUUAUAGUCAAAUCUCGUUCACCAUUUUGUGUCUUUAAAUAAGUUCUGUGCGUAGUUCUUUUAAACAUUCAAUUUGAACCGGUGUUUUGUCAUCGAUAAUACUAAGUUUUUUCGUGGCCCCUUAUUGCAGAAGUUUCCUUUUAUUUCGUAAAAUAUGUUUUGCAUCAUGUUCGUUCUGCAUUACUAUCUUUAUCAUUCUGGGAAAUUUAUCAUUAUCUUUGCCGACUCUAAAUGUGGUAACUGGAACCUGGUCACAUGCCACAGUUUGCAAAACCUCACGAAUAAUAUCAUUAUCAUGCUUUUUUUAGCAUAUUUAUCUCCAACAAUCUCCGGCACCCCUCUUACAAAAAUAUUCUUUGCGCGGUUAAUUCGGUCAACUGCUUCGUUGGCAAUUUUAUCAGUAAAUUGUACGGAUGAAAAGUAGUCAACUGUUGACAGUUUGUUUCCAAUAAUCGCCAGUUUUACAUCUAUCGCAGUAGUUUUCUCAUCAAUUUUGUCGAUUUUUGUUUGUAAACUGGAAAAAGAUUCAAAAUUAGAAGUACAUGUAUUGCAUAGAAUUUUAAUUCCAUGAAUUUUAUGCUUGGUAACGCGAUCUUCUGCUCGUAAAUCUGUUUUUUGAUUCUCCAUCGACAAGCGGCUUGGAACAAUUCGCACAGUUGUUGUCCAUGGUAGGAGUAAUGUAAAUAUUAACUAAUUUUGACUGACCUUGCAAUUGACGAUACAAACAAACUUAGGCUUCUAUUGCACUAUUUGAUAAUCUAGUUUCUCCACACUUAUGUUCUAACUUAUCUAACUAGUUUGUAAACGAAAAUAAUUAUCAAGCAGUUUUUAGUGACUGAAAUUAAUUAAAAACUUGUGGAUCGAAGUCAAUACGUUCACCGUUUGACCGCAUUUCCCUUUAGAAACAACGGUUUUUAAAAUCUACAUGUAUAUGUAUAUAGAUUUGGGGUCUCAAAUACACUGUGACCCAAAGGAUCUAUUGUGUCUCCCUUUCUUACUGCGAUACUGGAGAACCCAGUAUUUACAGCUGAUCCAUUAAUCCCACUCCUUUUAAACAACCUAGAAUGUGGGAUGGCUUUAAUUGCCAGAGAUCUUUGGUGUAGUGCUCUGAAGUUCCUUAGUGUUUCACACUUCGAGAGAAUGUGAAUAGAGGUUUCGAUCUUUUCUGCAACAAAAUCUUUACGCUGCAUUAUCUGCUAGGUCUAGCAUCUUCAGGUGUUUGUUUAGGCGACCGUGUCCCGAUAGACCUCCUGUUAGUAUUCGUUGAUUAUUCUUACUUAGGUUGAUACAUCAUCAGAUCUUCUCCAGUUAUAGGUUCCCAGAAGAGCUUGUCUGUGUUAGCCCCUGUAGGUUGUCCCAAUAAUUGGUUUUGCUUCUAUCUACCUUCUUUUCCAGUGCUUUUUCUAUUGUUCUGUAGCUGAUAUCACACAUACAUAUACAUAAUUCCUCAAUAAUCGAAUUUAUCCAAAAAUCUUUUGUCGACUAAUAUAUGUUUUGAGUAUGGUAUACCUAUGCUCUAAUACAGGUAAUUCUCUCAACUUUGUAUAUGAAUUUAUUGGCGGUGGUAGUAGACAACACAUGACAAAAGGUUAGUCCUUAUUUUUCAUGUUUUGCAAAAAAUGUAGAAGUUGUUCAUACGUACUCAACUUAUAUCAAUCAAUAAUAACUAAGUACAUAUAGUGAGGAUUUUGAUUGUACCCUCCCUUAAAAUAAGUUGAGAUGGGCUCAUGAGAAUGAUAAAAUAUAAUAAGUAAUGUUUAAUUUGUAAUCGUAUGACUUGGAAUAUUUCCAUCUUUUUAAAGCCUUGUAGAUAUUGUACUUACCACGAUGAUCAAUUUUUGCCAGUAAAUAUAUUUUGAAAACGUUAUACUAGUACCGCUUUUCAAAUUUUUUAAACAACUAAUAAAAUUUUGCAAGCAAUGCGGUCUAGACUUAUAUACAUGAAUUGCUAAAGUCGAUAGUAUUUCCAAAAAUAAAAGUACAUAAUUCUGAAAAAGGCAGAAGUAACCAAUUAAGGGAGGAUAAUUUUAUUAGAAAAAUCUUAUGAUUAUCCCGAUCCAUGAGAAUAUAGGAUAUUUUUGGAUAAUAAGAGAAAAAUUACAUUCUUAAUUGUAGUAAAAUACACGUAUACCUUUGGGUUCAAAUUAAUUAUUAAAAUUGAAAAAUUGUGACGUAAUAACUCUCACUAUUCUCCCAAAAUUAGUGUAUAUUCAUACGGGAUACGUUUGAUGGUAACAUAGAAUCAAUUAUCUCUUUAUAAUCAGUCCCAGAAUCUGAACUCCUAUAUCAAAACCUUUUGAUAAAAAAGGUUCUCCAUUCAUCCUUUUCUGGGGGUCUAUAUCUUUUAUUGAGCUUUAUAAAAAAAAUGUACUUGUUUUAUUUUUGUAUAUACUAUCAGCUUUAGAAAUUAAUAUAUUGUAUUCCUGGAGAGUUUAGGCAUUUUUGAUAUGAAAAAGUUAUAAUAUCGCAUAUACAUAGUUUUUUUUUUAAUAACCGAAAUACAAACAUGUACAAUUAGAUAUUAAGCAAUAUGUUUGUUCUCACUGUUCUUUUUUGUUCUAAUUGCCAAUUUGCUAAUUCCAAAAAUAUUUCACGCAAUCGCUCCUAACAUGGAAAAUAUCUUCUUGCAUAUGAGUACCACUAUAUAUUUUUCCAUAAUUUUUUUGCAGUUAUUUUCAAUUUUCCUCCUACUGAAACACUAUAAUAUAACUACCACUAGAAGAGAAUUAUAUUUUGAAACAGUUUGCAUCAUAGCUACAAUUUCCAUGCAAUAAAAUGAGAUUGUAAAAAUAUUUUUUCAACAGAUUUAUAUGCUAUUUUAUGGGCAUAAUCUGUGUAGGUGUAAAAAUUUUGAAAAACGAUACUCGUAUUCUCUUUUACUAAUAAUUAGGCGAAUCUCUAUUCCUAAGAUUAUUUGUAAAUAAUGCACCAGAGAGACUGAUAGUAAGUUAGUAAUACGGUAUUUUUAGAUGAGAAUCUUACCACCUAAGUUUUAAUUGUAUUAAUUCCAUAAAAAAUACUUUAAUGCAGAUAGGUAAUACUUUAUAAUGGCAUUCAGCAUUCACUACUUAGUUGUCUUUAAAACUUAAUACAUACUUACUUCCCAUACAUGUCAAACAAUUAACUCUCCUGUUUUUGAUAGGAUUCUUCCAAAUAUAUUGUAAGCAGGGGAUAUGAAGAAGUCCUUAUUAAACCUUCUGAUAUUGCAAAAGACGAUUUAUUUUUACCGUUUUCUUGUAUGUAUUUCCAUCAUUUUCCUCUAUUAUAAUAUUUUUAUAGCUUCUGUUUGUUCCUCAAUUAAUUUGGAUCUAUUUUCGAUUAUCAUUUCUGGAUAAUAAUUUUUCUAUAUUAUUUCUUUCAUAGUUGGUAUAUUAUUUAUAUUAUUUUUAUUUUAAUUUUAUGUUGAUAAUUUGCUGACUUAGAGAGGCGCCGGGAUACCAUCCUUCUUCUUUUCUUUGAUACCUGUUCAAUUGAAAUCAGUGGAUUCUAUUUGGGUGUUUUGAAAUCUUGGAAGUCAAUUUUUCCAUAUUAAACGGCUUUUAUUCCAAAAAAAAAUAGGGAUAAAAUUAAUUAUCUGUACGGUCAAAAGUGCGAAACUACAGCUUUUCUGGUAGAUACAUCUGAAUCCUGCAAAGUAUUAUCUUUCUCCAGUGUAAUUUUGUUUUGUAAUUUUUGUAAACGUUAAUAAAAUAUUUGUGGUUAAAGCUCAAUAUUCUCGUCUUAGCUCAACAAACUGUAAAUAAAUAUAUAUAAAAGAAUCAUCACAUCACAACGAUUUUACUGUUUUGUCCAAUAUAUCUUUUAAUAAAAUAUUGCCAUUUAUUUCUGUAAAGAUCAACUGUUUUAUGUAUAUCAAAAAAAUACUCGUUUGUGGAAGCUUCAACAUUCGUUUUCAUGUCUUUGAACCCGCUUAACAAAAUUCAUGUUUAGUCUAUUAAAGCUUCUUAAGACCAACAGAGCUUUUUGGUUUCAUUCAUAUUUAUGUUAAUUAUGUGCAUGUGUUUUUUGUGAAUUUGUUCUAUUUUGGAAACACAUCAAUAAAAAUAAAAGUUGUUGAUGAUAA